GCGCUCUCUGUAAGGUGUGUCCUUCCGCCUUUUAGGUCAAAAACGUUUCGGUGAGAGCAACGACGGCUCAUACGACGCUCCGAGAUCCAGAGCCUUCUUUCACUUCGGGAAAUAUCAGUACGUUUGAAAAACAAUUAUGGCUUUCUCUGCAAGUUAUCGGACCUUGUUCUUUUUCGCGUGUAUAGGCCUGAUUUUUGCGUCGGCGGAGCAAGCCAAAGGCAAAGGACGAACUUUAGUAGUCCAGACGGAUGUUACAGGCAAAUUAUUCAUCGAUCAGACCAGUUCGGACACACUGAAGAGCGGUCUCACCACUGUCUUCAUGCCUAUUAUCUAUGUCAUCGUUUUCGCUGUGGGGCUUCCGACCAACGCCAUGGCUAUAUAUGUCUUGCUGUUCAGGUCAAAGAAAAUCCACCCUGCUGCCAUUUACAUGGGCAACCUGGCCCUGGCUGACCUUUUGUUUGUCAUCUGGACGCCUCUCAAGAUCGCUUACCAUCUGAAAGGAAAUAACUGGACUUUUGGUGAAGGGAUGUGCAAAGUUUUGGUGGGCUUCUUCUACGGCAACAUGUACUGCUCCAUCCUCUUCAUCGCUUGUCUGAGCAUCCAGCGGUACUGGGUCUGCGCUCACCCACUCAGCCAGCAAAGAAAAAACAACAGGUUUGCGAUCAUGGUAUCCGUGUGUAUCUGGAUCUUCAUUUGGGUCAGUACCACACCUUUGUACCUGUACCAGCAAACCGUUGAACUUCCAGACCUCAACAUCACCACCUGCCAUGACGUCAGUCUUGUCAGCAUGGAGAACUUUAAUUCGGGCAAUGUGUUGCUGGAUGUUCAGCUGCCUUAUUAUUAUUUUAUGGUGAUGGCAGGUCUUGUCUUCUUCAUCCCAAUGUUGGUCAUCAUCGCAGCUUAUAUUCUUCUCCUUCGCUCGCUUGGGAUUUCUGCAGUCGAGGGCAGCGCUGGAAAAAGUCGCCAACGAGCCAUGGUUCUUAUAAUAACGGUGCUCAUAACGUUCUUAGUCUGUUUCAUCCCAAGUAACGUGAUGUUGGUGGUGCAUUACGCUCUCCUGCGAAACAGCUGGACCAAUAACGGCUACGGUUUUUACCUCAUGACGCUGUGCCUGGCCAGUCUCAACAGCUGCUUGGACCCUUUCAUCUACUAUUACGUCUCGGAUGAGUUCAGGGAGCACGUCAAGAACACGUUACUGUGCCGUAGCAGUCGAACGGUGGAGAGGAUGAGGGUCUCGUUCAGCUCGAUGAAGUAUUCUAAAAAGACCAACACGUAUACUUCAAGCACAGGCAACACCGAAAGCAGCAACUGCUGAGAGCAGAUGGACAUGGAUCGUGACGGACAUGAUGUAUUCAUCUUUGGAAUAUACAUAAGGCUUUACUUCUUCUUUCCUUGUGUUCUCCAUUUGAUGAUACCGAAACCGUCCGAGAGCAGACUGAAUUGUUUAUGAACGCAUUUGUAAACAACAAAGAAGAAGAAGACACAGAGUUUGAACAGAACGGUCUAAAACUCAGGGUCGCCAAGCCAAAGCAGUCUCGUAAAACUUGAAGACGAACAUUGCAGCCAGAUCGUUCAGUUGUUACAUUUAAUAUUGUUCUGAUGGACUUCGUGAAAUAUGCGUAUUUGCAAGCCUGUAAAAUAACUAUGCUUUGAAAUUUAAGUACGUUUUAACUUCAAAUAUUAUUUUUGUACCUCACUUUGUUUUAUAGCAUAAUUAGGUCACUAUACUUGUCUUUUGAUGCACAUGUUGAAAUUAUGUUUGUCUAAAUUCAAUCAUGACUUUAAUUAUCUGAAGUGGCGUUCUUGAGAACUACCAAUCAGUUAAGCGUGUGUCUGAAUCUUCAUUCGCACCUUGUUUAUCAGAUGUACUCUUACAAGGAAACGCAGCUUUUAACACAAAUAGCCCGCUUCAGCCUUAAAGGUACAGCGCCUUCUAAAUAAAUAUUUUAUUUUGCUUUUGAAAGUUUGUUUUUCCGCUGAAUUGUGAGUUAGUUUCCUAUAAAUAAUUGAGUUGCUCGGUUCACAUGUGGAGUGUUUUUUUUUUAUAAGCGAGUCACGUGUUGUUUGUAGAAACUAUGAUGAACCGCAAAGCCCAAACCACGAAACCUGACUGAGUGACGUAAGACUUCAUGAUGUUAUUUUCCGGCUACAAAGUGUUAAAAUUUUUUUCGGUUGAAGGAUUUUUAGUAACGUUCGUGGGGACAGAAUGUGCCUCACGGGCAAUCGAGCGGAGUGCUAAAUCUAUAUGCAAAAUAUAUGCAAAAAAAUGUUAAAAAUCGUUCUGCUUUUGUUUGAAUAAACAGAGCACUUGUAAUUGUC